ACCAGCAGGGGAGGGGGUCUCUGAGGUGCCACUGCCUUGGUCUGGGGGGGUCACUGGGCUGGCCCCUCCUUGGAACCAGGCCCGUCCAUGAGUGAGCCUGAGGUGGCACCGCCAGUCUCUUCUCAAGGCAACGUGCCAAUCUUAGGGGGCUCUUCGGCCCCUGGGCUACCUCCCAGCUCUGCUCCCCAGCCAGCCCAAAUGAGAGCCCGAUGCUGGGGGGCAGAAGGAAAUGCUGGGACAGGAGUGACACCCACACGCUGGCAGCCCGGAGCAGGGCCACCGGGCAAAACGGUGCUGUUGGAGGAGCAUCCAAGGCUGGGGCCUUGCAAUUUACCGAGCAGCCUUUUACUGUCGUGCUGUGGGAGAAGAUCUCCAGCCUUGUGUUGGGCUGUCACAGGUGCACGCCAGGCUGACACGUUGGCAUCCGAGGAGAGUACCCUAGUCCUGUAGUAUUGGCUGAGUGCUCAGUGUGUACAGUGUUGCCAGAAGAGGGCUCCAGCCGGGCCUGGUCCUAUCAAGAAAUGGGUGCAGAAGCAUCUGUGGAGUCCCCCCUCCCCCACCAGGCGAGGGUGGUGUUCUCAGAAGAGUAACCCCAAACUAACACAGAAGAAUGGGAGAAGUGUCCCUCUGGCAAGGUGACAUCAGAAGAAGGCACCCCACUGUUAUCCCCCAACAACCUAACCUGCACCAACAGUCAUUUUUAUAUUGGAAUAUUAUUUAAAAGUUGACUAGAAAAGGAUGUGAAAGUCCCUAUAGCUCCAUCACAAUAAAACAGGAAGUGGCAGCAGGACUAACUCACGCGUGGAUGUCAGUCAGCGAUAAGCAUCAUAGAAAUGCCUAUAAAUAAAUAUUCUGAAAAUGUAAUCCAAAACCAACUGAUUGUCUACCAGACAGUGUUCAUCACUGAAACAGCAGGGGACCUAACAAAAUAAUAUCAGAAUAUAAAGGCUCACACGUGAUCUAGUUUCCCCCCACCUGAGGACUUCAGUGUAAGGAAAUGUUAUGUUUCUGUGCCAUGACUAUGGUAGGGGCUGUUAAAUUCUUCUCAUGCCCUGUUUCAUGAUGUCCAGACCAGCAAGACUGAGCUAUGUGGUGAUCAGUCUGGUGAAUCCAAAUGGACUCCACCCAAUAAUAGAUUUGGUCAUUUCCUGUCAGGAGAUGUUUUUCACCCACUUCACAGGUGUUGUAUUGAGACUGGUUUGGCUACCCUCUUGAGGACACCAUGGGCCUGGACCAACGGAGUCUCACCAGAAUUCAGGUGCUUCUGCUUUGCCAGGGGCUAAUGCACUGGAGGCUGUGGAGCUUGAAACAGGAAAGCAGCAUAAGCAGACAGCACACUGCUAAAGCAGACAGCAGCUCAUCAUCUGUAAAAGUCAGCAGAGCCUGGAGGUGCUGGAAGCGGCACCAGAAUCUCUCCCAGCAGAACAUGCUCCCUGGAGGGAGGAGCAGCUUUCCCUGCUGAGAGAGGAGCCCCCGGCCAGAGAAUCCACCAGCAUGCCAGCCCUGGUCUUUAGCAGGCGGCACCUCUCCACUGCCCCUGCCCUGCUGACUUGGAUUCUCCUGCUGAGCAUUGGGAAUGGUGGUGCCUGGAAGCAAGGUGUCCCUCGCCUUCGCCUCUCGUACAAAGACCUGCUGAGAUCCAACAGCUCCCGCCUGUUGCUGGGCUCAGGGGAUGGGCUGGCCUUCCAGUCCUUCCUGGUAGAUGAGACCAGGGCGUGGCUGAUGGUGGGAGCCAAAAACCACAUCUUCCUGCUGCAUCUGGACAGGCCAAAUGAGGAGCCUCAGAAGGUUUUCUGGCCAGCCCGCAAGGAGCAGGUGGAGCGCUGCCGGCUUGCUGGGAAGAACGCAGAGACAGAAUGUGCCAAUUUCAUCCGGCUUCUCCAGCCGUUCAACAGGAGCCACGUGUUUGCCUGUGGGACUGGCUCCUACCAGCCCAUCUGCGCCUUUGUCCAGCUCGGAUCCAGGGCACAGGAGCUGGGGGGCUCCCCGAUACAGCUGGUGGCCAACUCUGUGGAAUCUGGGAGAGGCAAGUGUCCAUUCAGCCCCCACGAACCUUUCACUGGGCUACUCAUAGACGGGGAGCUGUAUUCGGGCACCUCCAGCGACUUCAUGGGCAGCAGUGCCGCCUUCUUCCGGACCCGAGUUCACAAGGCUGCCCAGAACUACAUCCGGACAGAACAGAACCAAGAUCACUGGCUAAACGAGCCCGUGUUCAUCGGUGCCUACGUGAUUCCCGACACCCACAACGCCCACGAUGACAAGGUGUACGUCUUCCUCCGGGAGACGGCCCUGGAAGCCGGCCAGUGGGAGAAGCGGCGCAUCCAUGCCCGGGUGGCGCGCGUCUGCAAGAACGACGUCGGCGGGAAGCGCAGCCUGAUCAAUCGCUGGAGCACGUUCCUCAAGGCCCGGCUGGUCUGCUCCAUCCCAGGCCCCCAGGCCAGCGAGACACACUUCGACCAGCUCGAGGAUGUCUUCCUCCUCCGCACCCGGGACCCACAGAGCCCUCUCAUCUUUGGCCUCUUCACGGUCUCCAGCGGGAUCUUCAGCGGCUCUGCCGUGUGUGUCUACUCCAUGGCUGCUGUACGAGCUGCUUUCAGCGGGCCCUUUGCACACAAGGAAGGAGCUGACUACCGCUGGGUGGAGUACAAGGGCCGGAUCCCCUACCCCCGUCCAGGGACAUGCCCCAGCGAAACGUACGACCCUCUUUUCCACUCCACCAAGGACUUCCCUGAUGACCUGAUAAGCUUCAUGCGCAACCACCAGCUGAUGUGGAGCCCCGUGUACCCCCUUGGCCGGAAGCCCAUCCUGGUGAGGGCCAACGUGCCCUAUCGGCUCCGGCAGCUGCUGGUGGACAGGGUGGAGACAGAGUCUGGGCACUAUGACAUUCUCUUCCUUGGAACAGACGAAGGCAAAGUGCUGAAGGUGGGGCUCACCGGCGGGAGAGGCCAGGACAGCGAGGAGAUCAGCCUGGAGGAAAUCAGUGUCUCUAAGGUGCCAUCUCCCAUCCUGGACAUGCAGUUCUCACCAAAGCGGCAGGAGCUGUUUGUGAGCAGCACCCAUGGGCUUGUCCAGCUCUCCCUGUACCGCUGCGAGCUCUACGGCAAAGACUGCGCUGACUGCUGCCUGGCCAGAGACCCCUACUGCACCUGGGACGGCAAGGGCUGCAGCCCCUACCGGCUGACUGAGAAGAGGCGAGCACGCUGCCAGGAUGCGCUGAAGGCCGACCCGGUCAGUCAGUGCCAGGACACCACAGCGGGGGUCACUGCAGCUGAGGAGAAGCUGGUAUUUGGUGUGGAGAACAACUCUACCUUCCUCGAGUGCCUGGCACGCUCUCCCCAGACUGCCAUUCGAUGGCUCGUGCAGCGCAGCAAGGAGGCAGCCCUGGACGAGGUGAGGACCGGUGACCGCUUCUCCACCCUGGAGCAAGGGCUCCUGAUCCGCCAACUGGCGAGAGAGGAUGCCGGGAUCUAUCAGUGCCAGGCAAUGGAGCGUGCCUUCUCCCGCCCCCUCACGCACUACAGCCUUCGUGUCAUUGGCCACGAGGCCAUGGGGGCCAAACAGAGCAAGGGGGCCGAGGAGGGAGGCAGCCACCUGAGCACCGUGCCCAUGCAGCUCCAGUACAAGGGCUACCCGCGGACCCUGGGGGCACCCAGCCCCAGCUUGGACGAGUACUGCAAUGCGCUCUGGCACCAGGAGAGGCAGCGGCAAAAGGCCUGGAACCCCAAGUGGCAGCAGCAUUCCUUGGAGAGCAAGAAAGGCCGAGCGCGGAGGCAUCCCAACCCCCUGAAGCCAGCCAGAGCUGGGCUGAGACUAGUCUGAGCUCCGCACAGUGCCCUCUGCAGGGGGAGCAGGUCACUGAAGCAGUCUCCAUUAGCCGGCCACGUCUCCAGAGCCAUUCUGCAUGCACAGCCCUGCACACAGGUGCCAGCUCAGCUCAGCUGCUGCCAAGCUCUGCCUGCUGAGAGGCCCACAGACUCGUCAUGUACUACCUCAGCUGUGACACUGCCCCUUGCCAUCUCCUGGAGCAGGCCAGCGGCCAGUGCAGAUGCUCUCAGACACCCCCAGACGAAUGGGGCUGCUAAGUCCAGGAGGUGCUAUACCAGGGACUUUGCAGCCACGGCCUGGAGCAAACAGUCUGGUUACUAGGCCGGCUGACACAGACUGAUGUGACGCGAGGACUUUAAACUAUUUACAUACCAUGAAAUAUUUAUUCUCUGCAUUUUCCUUCUGUCAUUUUCUUAUUAUGCCUCUUAUUAUUGAUAAAUACUGGAAAUUAAACAGAAGGGAAACCCAUGUUUCUUACCAGUCUCCCUUGUUAUGGGGAAUUGAUAUCCGGCCUCAGUAAUACACUUCUCCCUCCGCCCUGGUGGAGCACAGAGCCCCCCGCCCCUUCAGGCAAGCACUGCAAGUCAGUUAGGGAGGAUGACACAUGGGCUAGGGGAUAGGGCACAAGCUUGAGGAGGGAGGAGUUUGGAGUUUUGGUCCCAGCACUGCUACUGACUCAGUAUUUGGCGUGGGGCAAAAUGGGAACAACCAUAAUUACCUCUCUCACUGCAAUGUUUAACUAGUUAUAUUUUCUCCCUUCCAAGCCAUCUGGUCUUGUUGGAGAAACCUUCUGCAGUGCUGCACUGCUCUUGUGAGACCGAGGCAGCUGGAAUGACUCUCCUUGCAGAAUGGUACCAAUGCUGGGAACUCGAAAGGCAGAUGUUAGUCUUGGGUACCAGAGCGGCAUAGCAUUAAUCAGGGAGAGUUUCCGCGCUGGGAUCCUCCAACCCGGGAGAAAACCAAACAACAUACAUGUGGGGACACCCAUCCAACAGGCCAUUUACCAUGAUGGCGGCAGCGACAGAUGAUGUGAAGCCAUGACAAGGCCAUUAUACCCUGCAGGCAGGCUCCAGGCUGUCUCUUGCUGACAAAAGGAUAUUAAACCUGCAGCAUGGUAUAAAAGUGGGAACAAGCUAUAACUGGCCCCAUCCCAGGAGCACAACAAUUUUCUGGUAUCGUGUGCUGGGACAUUAAUAUACACAGCUUUGUUGGCCAGGCUUGGAGCCUAUCUGAACUAAUCUGUGCCUUAAGACCUUUCUGAGCCCCUCAAGGGCAGGGCAGACAAUAGUUACCCCUUCCACUCCUUUCUUCUGAGGCAGAAUUUUAGGACCUUGUGAACACCACAUGGAGUUGGCAUAGCUGAGGCUUGGGACGAAAGGCACACGGGGAAUUACACUGGUUCGUGUGAAAGGCAGAGCUGAGUUGACUAUCAGAAUAAGAUUUGAGUCUAAUCUCUCAAGGAAAAGUGGAGAAAGGUUCCUUAAGGGAAAGGGCCUGGAGUUUGCUAACGGGCAGGGGAAGGACAUACUGGGUUUUGGAAGGAAAUAUGAUGUCUAGCCAUCCAUUUGAAUGAGGCUAUAGGGGCCUUGAGAAUGAGUGUUAGGUUCAAUUGUUCACGGUGCGGGGUUCGUCAGGAACUUGUUGAUAUGAAGGUGCAGGACUAUGUGGCAUGUCUGCCUUAGGAUGAAAGGGCUCUGAGGGCGCACGCCAGAACUAAUUAAUUCAGAGGAAAAUCAAGGUAG